ACGCACGCCCCGCCCCGUGCGGCCCUAGGACCCGCCGGCGUCGAGACCCGGGCUGUCCAGGCUCCGUGAGGUAAUGCCCCGGAAGGCAGGGGACGUGGAGGAGGCCGAGGAGGGCGCGGAAGAGCUGGGUGCUGAGGAGUCUGGCCCCGAAGAGUACGGCCGGGAAGAGGCGGCGGCGGACGAGUCCGGCCCUGAAGAGUCGGACCCGGAGGAGCCGGGCCCCGAGGAGGAGAUGGAGGCCGGGCGGCCGCUGCCGGUGCUGCGCUCGGUGAACUCACGCGAGCCGUCCCAGGUCAUUUUCUGCAACCGCAGCCCGCGCGUCGUGCUGCCGGUGUGGCUCAACUUCGACGGCGAGCCGCAGCCCUACCCCACGCUGCCGCCGGGCACGGGCCGCCGCAUCCACAGCUACCGAGGUCACCUUUGGCUCUUCCGAGAUGCAGGGACAUACGAUGGGCUUCUGGUUAACCAAACUGAACUGUUUGUGCCAUCUCUCAAUGUUGAUGGACAGCCAAUUUUUGCCAACAUCACACUGCCAGUGUACACCCUGAAAGAGCGAUGCCUUCAGGUUGUCCGAAGCCUAGUUAAGCCUGAGAAUUACAGGAGACUGGACAUCGUGAGAUCACUCUAUGAAGAUCUGGAAGACCACCCGAAUGUGAGGAAAGACCUGGAGCGGCUGACACAGGAGCAUAUUGAAAAUCAACGGAUGGAAGAGGAGACUGAAGAUUUUAAUUGAAAUUUGUACUCCUGAGUCUCAGCUUUUGAUGGAAUUGACCAGUCUUGAUCUAGAUAUAGGACUGGUCACUUAUUUUCAGUUUCAAAUUGUCUCAUUCUUGGAGUGAAAAAUGUUCCAUUGCUUAAAAGAAAGUGAACUGACUUCACUCGGUAUUGUGAUGUUUAGGGGCAAGUAUCACAAAUGUAAUUUAAGGCCCGCCCGUUCUAGAAGUAUUUAUCAAGGGAAAGUAGUUGCAUUUUUGCCUCUUAGUAAGUCAAGAAAGUUUCUGUGUAAGGACUUUUGUGUAAGUAAUUCAAUGAGAAUGGUAGCAUAUUCUUUGAUUAUAAGUAAGCAGUGGUGUCUGCUUUAAAUUGCUGUAUUGUGGUUGGUGAUGUGUCUGCCUCCCAUUUGGAGAAGACCAAGUGUCCUUGAAGCAGGGACAGAUCUGUUUCCUCUUUGAGACCCCAGUGCCUCGCACAUUAUGAGCCUUCAUCAGUGUUUGUUGAAUGAACAAACCAAUGGAUACUUUGGUAGAAAAUGUUUGCUCUUUGGGGGGGGUGUCAGGGGGGACCUUAAAGUGUAUACAGUAAAUGUUUUAAAAGGAAUCAUUUUUAUAGAAAGCACUUUUUAUAAUUUUCUAAGUUUUGCACUUGUUUCUGUUCACUAUUGUUACAGUGCUGUUUUAUUUCUGUUUAUAAACCAGGAUUACCUUUCUAAAGUUACUGUGAUGAUAGCUUAUUUGAAACUUGACUUGUGCACAGAAAAUAGGAGAAAAUAGCUGUCCUCUUGUUUAAUUCUAGUGUUAAGGAGCUACUACUGUACUGUAUAUAGGUUUUUGCCAAGUGUGGGCAUUUGUUUCUUUUUGUAAAUGUAUGACAUUUCUGUUUGGUUCAGCAUUUUCCAUCAGGCAGGAUCUGGUGAAACUUUGCACCCGCCUGGAGGAGAGGCUGAAGCCCUCUAACUUCUGGGAAGUUACUCCUCACACACAGUGGAAUACUUCUGUCAGGCAUCCUUUGUUUGUAACUAAUAGUUUAAAAAAUCCAGUAGAGAAAAUUUUGGAGAAGACAGAAAAGUAAAAGGAAGAAAAUGAUCACUGUGGGUACACAACUUAAAUACAACCACUAACUGAACAUUUUGAAGUUUUAACCUUUUUUAAAGGGCAACUUUUGGUUUAUUUUUACAUAGUUGAAAUCACAUUAUACAUACAGUUUUGUAUUCUUUCUCAUUUAACUUUAUAACUUAAUAUUUUUCCAUGGUAUUAUAAACAGGCUUCCUUUUGUAAAUGUUUGGAUAUUUCUUGGCAUCUUUAGUUCCUUAUGCUAACCUUUGAGCAGAAAUUCCUGUGCUCUGAAAUCACAGUGAAGUGAAACAAAUGCCCUAUAGUUUUCCCACUAUGCUUUUACGUUUCACUCAAUAUUACUUCCCUUUUCCAACAUUCUGCAAAUAAGUGUGGUGUUUUUUGUUUGUUUGUUUGUUUUUAAAAGCAUGUUGUAGGACUCAUUCAGUGACACACCUCUGAAUAUCUAAUUUUUUUGUUGAAUUGUUGAGUUCAGAAGGCAGCUGUUCAAGGGUGGGAUAGGAUGGGGAUUUAAGGAAGUCUGCUGGUGCUGGAUUAGUUCAACAUUGGUUUUAUUUUUUUAACCUGUCUUUGUGUCAAAAUGAGAUUUCACGUUCCUCUUGUUAAAACAUGCAGUUUGAGUAGUGUGUUUUGUGUUGUCCAAGGAAGAUUGAAGACCUGUAGCAUGAAUAAUACGUUUUUCAUUUGAAGUCUUAUGAAUGUAUUAAAUGUAUUGCCCAUAGGAGACUGAUGUUUCCUAUUUUGAGUUAAAAAAAAAAAAGCUGUUCUUUAAUACAUUAAAAGGUGCUGAGUAAAGGAAAUAGGUAGGGUGUGUGUAGUGUUAUUUUAACCAUGCUCUUCUCUCUUGGAGACUUGUGAAAGCUGCGUUUGUUUAAAGGCUUAAGGUGGGGAGGGGGGUAGCAGACACAACCAACUAGCUUCAUUCUCAAUCCUCUUUCCAACCCUGGAUUUAAAAAAAAAAAAAAGUUUCUUUUAGCUUUAUUUUUCUCCUAAAUGAAAUAUCACUAAAAAAAAAAUAUAAGCACUACAGAAAAGUAUUAAGAAGUAAAGUAUUCACAUUGGGAACAAAGUUUUUUUGUGUUUUCAUGAAAACAGAACUAAACAGACAUCUCACUGAAGAAGAUACACAGAGAGCAACUAAGCAUAUGAAAAAAUGCUUCAUUCACAUCAUACGCUAUUGGGGAAAUGAACAUAAAAAGAACAGUGAAAUACCACAAGGCACCUAUUAGGAAAGCCAAAAUCUGGAACACUGAACACCACAUGCUGACGAUACAGAGCAACAGGCACUCUCAUUUCCUGCUGGUGGGAAUGCAAAAUGGCACAGCCACUUUGGAAGGCAGUUUGGCAGUUUUCUUACUAAAUGUGCUCUUACCAGAGGAUCCACCAAUUGUGCUCCUUGGUAUUUACUCAAAGGAGUUGAAAACGUCUAAAACCCGGCACAUGGAUAUUUAUAGCAGCU